AUGAGUUUCCCAGUCUUACCCAUAGUAUCUUCACCUGAAGAUAAGACAACCAUUGACGAAUUUUCAUUAGUCGGACAGAUUAUUUUCCCAAUUGAGAACGUUACUGUCUCAAAACAUUUCAUCCACCAAUUUCCACACGAUUUAGAUAUCUUUGUUGAUGCUACUGAUAAGGCAAGCUUAGAUCAAAUUGUUGAAUUAUUAAAUGUUGGUGUGCAAAAAGUAUUUGUCAAUUCAAAUCAAUUUAAUGAAGCUCUUGAGGCUGGUUUACCAAGCUCUAGAUUUGCUGUUUUUGUUGGAGAUGAAACCCCAGCUGAAAAUUUAGUUACCUCAGAUGCUUCCUUUGUGGUUUCGAAACCAUUAGAUGAUUUGAAAAAAUACAAUAACCAUGAAAAUAGAACCAUUUAUAUCAAGGCUAAACUCACACAAUCCGAAGCUAACAAAUUGGCACAAGACUAUGUUACAAUUGCACAUGCAGCAGAAUUGACUACCAAGAAAGAAGAAGCUAAUAAGAUUUCCAUUUCAUCUUUGUUCGUAAGUACUUUAACUACAGACAGACCAGAUGGUUUAUACACUACUUUAAUCACAACCCCAGCUCCAUCAUAUACUGCUUUGGGUAUUGUAUAUUCAUCAAAAGAUUCAGUUAUUGCAGCCAUUGAAGAAAAAGUUGGUGUUUAUCAAUCACGUAAGCGUAGAGAUGAAUUAUGGUAUAAAGGUAAAACCAGUGGAGCUACCCAGAAAUUGGUUAAAUUAUCAAGAGAUUGUGAUUCUGAUGUGAUUCAAUUUGUUGUUGAACCAAGAACAGGCUAUGGCUUCUGUCACCGUGAAGAAAGUUUUACUUGUUUUGGUGAUAAACUUUCUGAUGCCCCAGCCAGAGGUUUACCAAGAUUAGAUAGUACUUUACAAGACAGAUUUAAGAAUGCUCCGGAAGGAUCUUAUACUAAACGUUUAUUUGAUGAUGAGAAAUUGUUAGUUGCCAAAUUGAAAGAAGAAUUGGAUGAAUUAAUUGAAGCUAAGUCAAAAGAAGAAGUUGCAUGGGAAUGUGCUGACUUGUUUUAUUUUGCCAUGGUUUGGUGUAUCAAGAAUGGUGUUAGUUUGGCUGAUGUCGAAAAGAAUUUAGAUGUCAAAUCCUUGAAAGUUUCCAGAAGAAAAGGUGAUGCCAAACCACAAUACCAAGAAAAACCAGAAGAACCAGUCAACCCAGAUUACAAAUUAGAAGUUAUUAGUGUUGGUGAUUCUGCUGGUGUCGAACGUGCCAUGACCAGACCAGUUCAAAAAACUUCUGAUAUUAUGAAGUUGGUACUUCCGAUUAUUGAAAAUGUCAAGUCAAAUGGUGAUAAAGCUUUACUUGAAUUGACUGCCAAAUUUGAUGGUGUUAAAUUAGAUGCUCCAGUUUUAGAAGCACCAUUCCCUGAUGAUUUAAUGAAUAUUUCUGAAGAAAUGAAACAAGCUAUUGAUUUAUCAAUUGAAAAUAUUGAAAAAUUCCACAGUGCCCAAUUACCAAAAGAAGAAGUCAUGACUGUUGAAACUUGUCCUGGUGUCUUUUGUUCUAGAUUUGCCAAACCAAUUGAAAAUGUUGGUUUGUAUGUUCCAGGUGGUACUGCUGUUUUACCUUCUACUGCUAUGAUGUUGGGUGUUCCAGCCAAAGUUGCUGGAUGUAAAAACAUCAUUAUUGCCUCUCCUCCUUCUCGUUCAACUGGUAAAUUGACUCCAGAAGUUGUAUAUGUUGCUCAUAAAUUAGGUGCCAAAUGUAUUGUGAUGGCAGGUGGUGCACAAGCCGUAACUGCCAUGGCUUAUGGUACCGAAAGUGUUAUUAAAUGUGACAAGAUUUUGGGUCCAGGUAAUCAAUUUGUCACUGCUGCUAAGAUGUAUGUUCAAAAUGAUACCCAAGCUUUAUGUUCUAUUGAUAUGCCUGCUGGUCCUUCUGAAGUUUUGGUUAUUGCCGAUUCAAAUGCCGAUGCUGAUUUCGUUGCUAGUGAUUUGCUUUCACAAGCUGAACACGGUAUUGAUUCCCAAGUCAUUCUUAUUGGUGUUGGUUUAAGUGAAGAAAAAUUGAAUGAAUUCCAAGCUGCUGUUAAGAAACAAGCUGAAGUAUUACCAAGAAAGGAUAUUGUUGCCAAAUGUUUGGCUCACUCUUACGUGUUGUUAUCUGAAUCUUACGAAGAAGCCUUUGAUUUGUCUAACAAAUAUGCUCCAGAACAUUUGAUUUUGCAAAUUGACAAUGCAUCUUCUUAUGUUCCAGGUUCUGUUGAAAAUGCUGGUUCUGUAUUUGUCGGUGCUUUAUCUCCAGAAUCUUGUGGUGAUUAUUCAAGUGGUACUAACCACACUUUACCAACUUAUGGUUAUGCAAGACAAUAUUCAGGUGUUAAUACUGCUACUUUCCAAAAAUUCAUCACAUCACAAGAUGUCAGCAAAGAAGGUCUUAAGAGUAUUGGUAAAGCCGUCAUGGCAUUAGCAAGAGUUGAAGGCUUAGAAGCUCACAGAAGAGCUGUUGAAGUAAGAAUGGAAAAACUUGGCUUAAUUUAA